AUGUUUGUGCGAACUUGCCGCAGCUCGUGCAAUGCAUGGACCAACGCUACAUCUACAACGCAGGCAGGCUCUCUUUCGCCCCCAAAUGCUCAUCGCUCUGUCGUUCUCACACUCUCACUCCAGGCUUGUUCUGCGAGAACACAUGAGUCGCUGAUACGUUCUUUCGCAUCAACGACAUCCCAGUCAAAACGUCAAGAAGCCGAAGCCGAGGAGAAGCGCCAAGUGAGCCCCCGAUUGGGGCCAUCUGCACCCAGAAGCUCGUACCCCUCGUCUGCUGAAGCGAGACAAAAGAGAGACAGUGACAGAGAGUUCCUUAUUUCCGUUCUUGAGUCGUCGGCCACAAAGCGCGAUGCGCGAGGUUAUCUUCAAACUUUCGGUUCUUCCGCAGCCCUAACGAGCGCUGGGCAGAAGAAACCGUCCACCAUCGGUAUAUUGGGUGUCCCAGCCUCUGUGGCCGGUAGGCCUGCUUUUGUUCAGGGAACAGAAAAGGAAAUUUCGGUCAAGAGAAACGAAGCACCACAUGUGGCCGUCGUGAAGUUGAGGGCACCACAGGCGUGGGAUGAUGUCCUCCUUGAGGGUGUUGCCAAGACCCUCACUAGACUGAGAGAUCUUGGUCUGCUCAGUGUGAUAGUCCUUGAUUGUGACGACAUUAAGCCCAAUCAAGCUUCUAGCUGGCACGAAACUGUCACACAACAGACGGAUAGACUCUUGAGAGCAAUUGGUCAGUAUGGGUUCCCGGCCGCCGAAGUGGUUGACUCGGGCAUAUGGAAGUCAACUGAAAACCCCCAGAUCCCAUCUUCUGUCCCCUCCAAACCCCUUUACGUGGGGUUCGGUAAGGCGUUUACUACGCCACUUGCUAAUGGUCACAUACUGGUCGUCCCGCCACGAGCAUACUCCGACGCAUCUCUCCAAUACUCUAAAGCUGAUGCCAAUGACAUUGUUAUUGCCCUAACGACCUUUUUCGCGGGAUUGCAGUUUGGCCGACAAUAUUCGGACUACCGGGAGUUGGCGGGGAAGGUCAGCGACGGUCAGUCUUUCCGAAAGGCUUUGGUUGAUCGGGUUAUCGUUAUCGAUCCUUUGGGUGGCAUCCCAUCCCACAGACAAGGCCAUGGCACCCAAGUUUUCAUCAAUCUGGAAGACGAAUUCAAGAAUAUCCAAGACGCUCUCUACGAAAAGACUCAACCUACUUCGGCAGGAACGAAAGACGCUGGUGUCAGUGCCAGGGCUACGGUACAUCUGGAAAACCUACGGCUCGCCAAAUCCACAUUGGCCUUGCUUCCAUCAAACGCAUCCGUGGUGAUGACCAGUCCUGCAGAGGCUGCAAAUAUCAAUGUAUCAAGGCGUGGCCAGCUUGAAGCCAAGCCCGAUGGGUUCGCGGGUGAAGUAAAGACGAGAACCUGGCGCAAUCCCUUGAUACACAAUCUACUUACCGACCGACCCAUCUACUCAUCAUCGCUUCCUAUCGGCAGAAUCAAGCCCACGCACCAAGAUGAGGAAAUUGCUCUGUCCCGGAUGCCCACAACUACCCUGGCCAAGAGAGGACUGCCAGUAACCAUCUUCCCUGAUCCGCGGGUGAAGCGCUGGCAGCCACCGCAACCUGGCGUUCCAAGACUCAGGUUGACAGAUACGUGUAUCGAUUUACCGAGGCUGGUACAUUUGAUCAAUGACUCCUUCGGAAGAAAACUCAACGUCGAACACUACCUUGACAGACUCAAGGACAGCCUCGCGGGAAUCAUCAUAGCUGGAGAGUACGAGGGCGGCGCGAUUCUUACGUGGGAGACGCCAUUUGGGCUUGACGAAGAGACGGCUUACCGGGAAGGCCGUCUCGUGCCGUAUCUUGACAAAUUUGCGGUUCUACGCAAGAGUCAAGGAGCCGGUGGCGUGGCCGAUAUUGUGUUUAACGCCAUGGUUCGUGACGCUUUCCCAGACGGCGUUUGCUGGAGGAGCAGGAAGGACAACCCGGUCAAUAAGUGGUACUUUGAGCGAUCUCGGGGCGUGCUGAAGCUGCCGGAGAGCAACUGGGCCAUGUUCUGGACGACUCCGGAGGCGGUUUCAAACGACCAGAUGAUGAGAGAUUAUGAAGAUGUGUGCAGGAAUAUUGCACCUUCUUGGGCCGACACUACGAAACCAGCUGACUGA